AUGGCAACACUUAACAAACAUGCCUCAACCGGGCCCCCGUUUUCUGAGGCGUUUCAGCUCUUCGAAUUAAGCGAAUCAGACGCCACACCACAACGUCUUCCCGGUUACCCACGAAUAUCCCUUCAAGACCAACCAAAAUUGCUCAACUUUCUAGAGAAAGAAUACUGCUCGAAGGAUCUUGAUGUAGUAGCAAAAAGGCUUUGGUGGAUGUCUACGCAGGACCAUGCUAAUAUCUCACCUCUACACCGCCAAGCUGUCAAGGGACGAAAUAUCGUUGUGUCUCAAGAUCCAAAGCUACAUCUCGUCUGGAUCCAGGAUCGAAUUUUCAUCAAACCGUUACCAAAAUAUCUUACAUCCCAUGCAUUUUGGAAGCAGUACUUGGCUCCAGACGGAGAUCCUCGGCGAGAGCGUAUUCGCAAGGCUGCUCUGGGAUUCCUGAGGACUUGGUUCUAUCUCAUACAAUCUGAAUAUGACUUCAACCUUGCACAAGAUAUAAGUCGAUGUUUAAUUCCUGCUGGAGUCACUUGGGAAGCGUUCUGCGAUUUUUCAACUGAUUUUCCGGAGAUAAGCGACAAAGAUGUCUCUGAACGAUACGCCUACGGGGAAAUUCGGUUAACGAGACUUAACAUCUACGCACCCUUGAUCCUUGGAAAAUCAAAGUUCCAUCGCGUCGAGCAUCAGUACGGAGCAUACUUCGCGCACUUUUACGGACCAAUCUUAUUUAUCAUCGCGAUGGUAUCAACCAUACUCAGUGGACUACAAGUUGCCAUCGCGGUCCAGCAAGAACAUCCUGGUCGAAACAGUCUAGGCUUACAAGACGCUGGUCUGUGGUUCAGUGUUGUGAUAAUUCUUCUUGUUUGCACUAUUGUUCUAAUCCUGUUUACGGUUCUGAUCUACAAGAUUGCUCGGGAGUGGAGAUUUGCUAUUCGAGAUCGGCUCAGGAUUUUGGAAGAAGGAAAGGUAGGUAAGUCACUCUAA